AUGGAUUUAAAUUUAAAUCUGCAAUAAUCAUUUAAGAAUGCCGUUAUUCUUCCUUUAAUGAAUGAUACCGCAACUAAAUGUGAAUAAUGUUUAAUUUAAUCAAACAAAAUUUAUUAUUCUAGUGAUUCCUAUAUUGGAUGCUAUGAUACUGGAGUUGAAAAUUGCGAUUACUCUUGCUUAGCUUGCAUUUCUGGAAAUGCUAAUUCCUUUACAUUAUGUUUCCACAUGGGCAGUUCAAAUAUGUUACUUUAUAAUAAUACACGGCAGUGUUUAUUUGGAUAUUUAGAUGACUGA